CAUCCGAAAUAUUCUUGAUGCCACCUAUCCUCCCAACACAAGCCCUGUUGUUAAGAGUAAAGACUGAUCCCCUCACGAUUGGUUUUGUUUGGGGAAGAACUCCAGAUGCACGCGAUCAUGUAUGUCUCUGCUUGAGCGACUGCCAUUUGUGCGUGUAGCUAGUUUUCAGGCACCAGGAUUGUAGUCGACUAGCAUCUUUGCAUUGAGGUAGAAUACCACAAACCCACUUGUUUCCGUCACGGUCGCAGCCUAGCAUGAGGAGGAAGCAAUGUUUGAUUUGAGAAGCAAGUCUCUGCUUUCAUGGAGAGUAGCGCUGAAUGUUCGGUGCUCCGGCCUCCGGGAUCCACAAAGGAAGUAUAUGUUUGUCUGUUUUUCAAUUGCUUUCUUUUUUUCUAUGUCUUCUUUUUGUUUCUAGCUCAGUAUUCGGCAUUCCAGCUUCUGAGUUCUGAAGAUUACUAAGUCUCUUAACACAUUGUAAUGUGAUUUUACAUAGCUAGCUAUAUACAUCUUCAGUUUGUUAUCGGCGCUAGUAAUUGCAUGUAGUCAACCUGUAUUUUUCAGAUGAGUUGAUCGACAGUCUUGUCUGCAUUAUCCAUUGCUUGUUGCGCAGGUCCGCCAUUACUGGGACGCAGUCGGAAGAUUCGGCAGGACGCAGUUCCCAGCAGAGUCCUCUGUUUCUGAACAAAUGCAACGAUGCUACUACUUGUCUGUAUCAAUUACCUGAUGCUGGUGAGUUGUGUGACCACGUAUUCUCUUCUCUAGUUCUCUCAGAGUCCGAGCUAGAAGCAACUUGCACUCUUUGCAAACCUUCAGGUUUCAGCCUUCAGGGGACUACUGUCUGUCUGGGUUUACAAGGCGGCUUUGAGCAUGGCAGGAUCUCAUGAUUCUCAUCUGUAAGGCCAGCCAGCCAAAACGCGUUGCCUUUAAUUAAUCACUUCCUUUUCUUGGUAAGAUUGCUAGCCAUUUGCUGGAGCUAUUUCCUUUGGUCUAAUUAAAGCCCUAAACCACUGCAAAGGAGCACCUCUCUGGAGCCCUCUUCAGACUGUAAAGCGAGCAAAGGCAUCUCGUUGUGUGCCUCCUGUCCAACAUGUAUUCCAUCGCUCUUGCUUCGCCCACAAGCAGGGCAUGCAUUCCUUCCUUCUUCCCCUUCCUUCCUUGAUCCUUCUCCAUCUCUACACAGCCAGGCAGCCAGCGCUAAGUAACCUCACUCACUGGACACUACAUAUCGGCCUUGCACAUUGCUUCCAGCUUCCUGCUGCAUCCAUUAGCUAGGACAUCCAGGCAUUGGUCGAGCGAGUUGCCGAGAAGAGGAGCGAGUGAGCGAGGAGCCGUACGAUGGAGGGCAUGAACGCCGGCAUGUCGCCGCGGCCGAGCACGGACUGGGGCCCCAUCAUCGUGGCGGCGAUCCUUUUCGUGGUGCUCUCGCCGGGGCUGCUCUUCCAGCUCCCCGCGCGGACGCGGGUGGUGGAGUUCGGCAACAUGGGCACCAGCGCCAUCGCCAUCCUGGUCCACGCCAUCAUCUUCUUCUGCCUCCUCACCAUCUUCGUCGUCGCCAUCGGCGUCCACGUCUACGCCGCCUAGGCCCAGCCAGCUCGAUCCCCCGGGCUGCUUUGACACGGCGAUGGUCUACGGUUUUCUGCAGUCUCAUGUAAUCUGCUGCUCGCUCGUUUUAAUGAAUUGGCCGGUGGUUUUACACUGUUCUAUAACUCAUUUGAGCAGAGACAGUACAGUUGUCAGUUGAGAAUUUAGCUGUUCUUGUACACGAAAACUUCAAUUUGGCUUCUUUUGUUUUUUUUUUGGCAACACAAUGUUUCUGUUGGAAAUUAGAGGAUGCUGCUUAUUUUCGCUUC